GUCAUUCUAGUCUAUGGGGUUUUCCCUUAGCAACGGGGUUCCAAUGAGGCUCUACAGAAGCAAUGGAGGGCUAUUGUGAUGUCAUCAACAUUUCCGUUGUAUGGGGUUCAUUGCUAUCCACAGAUUCCUGGUCCCGCAUUCGAACGGUCAACCCCAGGACAUAAAAUGUGGGAUUUCCCAUCACCCCGUUCAUGUUGAAGAGCCUCUUCCGAUUGACGACUCCUCUCGAUGUCAAGACGGUUCACAAUUGAUGUGGUUGCCCUCAGCAUCUCUCUUGGCUUUCCAAGAUGGCGGGAGUGGCCUUGUGUGAGCCCAACGAACUCUACAAUUUGCUGAACCAAGCCACCCGGAUCUCCAGGUUGGCAGAGCCCAACUACCUCUGUCUGUUGGACGCCCGGAGCAAGAGGGAAUACAACGAAGACCACGUGGUGACGGCGAUACGAGCCAAAACGAACCCCUUGGGCAAAUACUUGGUCCCGCAGACCGUCAACCUGGAGUGCAUCCGCUACUGCGUGGUUUACGACGGCGUCACCAGUUCCGUGGAGGCCGCCUUCGACAUGGAUUACGACCUGUUCGAAGUGGACACGGAACUCAAACCUUAUGACACGGGGGCAGACAUCAAGGAGCUGCGGCACAAGCCUUCCUCUGAGGAAAACACGAAGGAUGGGUCUGCGGCUCGUUGCGCCCGGGUCAUGCAGCGCCUCACCCGCUUCCCCGUCCUGGUCCUGCGCGGAGGCUACCAGCGCUUCACCCGCUGCUACCAUUACCUCCGGACCCAGAAGAUCAUCUGGAUGCCGCGGGAACUCGAGGCCUUCAAGCCGUACCCCGUGGAGAUCCUGCCUAUGAAGCUCUACAUGGGGAAUUUCUCCCAGGCCUGUGACAGCCAGAUCCAGAAGGACCUGAAAAUCAAGGCCCACAUCAACAUCUCCGAGGAGGACGGCAUCUUUUUCGUCGGAGACAGCGAGAAGCUCCUUCACAUUCCCGUCCCAGAUUCUCCGGAGGCCAAUAUCUUUCCGUACUUUGGCGACAUUUGCCACUUCAUCGACACUCGCAUCGAUAAAGACGCCGUCUUGGUUUUUUCGACGCUGGGCAUCAGCCGCAGCAGCACGGCCAUCAUGGCCUACCUGAUCCAUUCGUGUCGGCUCUAUUUAAAGAAUGCGUGGACCUACCUCCAGAAGUGCAAGGGCAACAUGCGGCCCAACCGGGGAUUCGUGAAGCAGCUCUCGGAGUGGGAGGAGCGGAUCAACUUCACCACCAUCACCGACAUCUCCGAACCCAAUUACUGACGGCAGGCGUCUCCCAGUGCGAUGG